GGACGUUGAGCCUCGAAAUAAUCGCAAGGUUGGGGUGUUCGUCGUGAGAGAACAGUCGCCAGUGUGGCCAGGAAUGUCACUGAGAUAGUGUGGUAGUCGCUCUGCACUCCUCACCACCUUGUUGGCUGUCCAGUGUGUUUACUCUCCGAUUUAGUAAGAUGCAGUUGUGGGUGAUGGUGGUGGCGUGCGGCGCUGUACUGCAGGUGGCGCAGGCAGCAAGUUCCUCUUCCUGGGACCUCUCUCCUCUAGGAGCCACAAGAACUUUUAUAUGGGCGUUGUCAACGCCCUGGCUGAUGAUGGCAACCAGGUUACAGUGGUGACUUCAUUGAAGCCGUCCAAAGUCCGGGAGAAUGUGAAUGAGGUGACCUUGAGCGGCGUUGAUUUACAAGACUACAUGCCAAAUUUAUUUACUGGAACUCGAAUGACUGGUCCAUUUACAUUUAUGGCGGCUACAACAACACUCUGCUCCGAUGCUCUGGGAAAGGAAGAGGUACAAAAUUUGCUGAAAGAAGAUUUUGAUUUCGUUCUUCUGAGCGCAUUUAUGUCAGACUGCUUUUUGUCAGUGGUCCAUCAGCUGAAGGUCCCUUUUGCAUAUGUGAGCCCCGCAGGACUGAUGGGACCUUUCGCAUUAAUGGUGGGCAACCCACGCUUCCCGUCUUACGACCCUUCUCCUGUCUUAACGUAUAAACAUCCACUAACCUUCCUGGAACGAACAAUCAGCACGCUGUCAGAAAUUGGAUUUCAUUUUAUGGUCAAUUAUAUGUCCUCUCGAAUGGAGGGGGAAUGUCGGAGCCGCGGACUGUGUCCAGAUGAUAUGCCAGGGUUUGCUGAAGUGAGCCGUAAUGCAAGUCUUGUAUUGAUCAACAGUGUACAAACUAUGGAAUAUCCACCGCGCCCAAUCGUGCCUGGCGUGGUGCAUUGUGGGGGAAUCCACAUCCACCCAGCAAAGCCUCUGCCACAGGAUCUUGAGGAAUGGGUUCAAGGUGCUGGCGACGAUGGCUUCAUAUACUUCAGUCUUGGUUCAGUUGUCCCAGGAUCCACUAUGCCAGAAGAGUACAGGAAAGUGUUCGUUGAAGUGUUUGGAUCCCUGAAGCAGAGAGUGUUGUGGAAGUGGGACCAGGACACUAUGGAAGACCUGCCCCCAAAUGUGCGCAUCAGCAAAUGGCUCCCUCAACAAGACAUCCUCGGUGAUCGCCGUCUGCGUUUCUUCAUCACCCACGGUGGUCUACUCAGCACCCUGGAGUCCAUGUACCAUGGUGUACCCGUGGUGGGCAUGCCUGUGUUUGCGGACCAACAUGCCAACAUGGCCAAGGUGGAGAGAGAUGGCCGGGGACGUGUGUUGUUAUGGGAUCAGCUAACCUCCGAGUCUUUUAGAGACACGAUAAACAAAGUUUUGAAUGACUCCAGUAUGAAAGCCGAGGUUGAAGCAAGCUCAAAAGUAAUGAAGGACCAGCCACAGGAUCCUGCUCAAGUGGCACUCUAUUGGAUCAAGUAUGCCAUGAGGCACAACGGUGCCCCUCAUCUCCGCUGCCCUUCUGUCGACUUGCCCUGGUACAAGCUGUACAAUGUGGACGUCUGGGCAACUGUGCUUGUAAUUGAGCUCUUCUCUCUCUACAUCUUCUUACGUCUAGUAAUAGCCUGCUAUUCUUGCCUCUUUUCCUCCAAAUCAAAAUCCAAAACUGAUUAAAUAGUUUAGCACCAAGUUACUUGAUGUAGAGCAAGUUUACAAUCAUCAGGACACUCUACGAGGUGGUAUGUGACUGUUGGUGGAUACACAGUCUGAAUCCAGGAGGUUUAUUCUAAUGAUUUGGGCAACACAUGAUAUUAAGUGCCAAAAUAGUUAAUGAACUUGAUAAUGAUCCCUAUUAAUAUUCUAUAAAAUGUUACGGGUUGAAUUCAGAAUGCAAUUUGGUGAAGUAAUCUGGCAGGUGGAAAUUAGUUUUAAUUGGUUUAUUUUAUAUUGAUAAGAACGGAUAAGUUAUGUACUAUGAACCUGAUCCUAUCUUAUCUGUUCUUCUCAAUACUAUAAUGGGUUCGGGACCCCACAGUGGGUUCAGGAUACCACAGUGGGGUCUGGACACUAGUGGGUACAGGAUUCCAAGGUAAGUUCAGGAUACCAGAAUGGAUUCUGCAUGCCAGAGUGGGUACAGGAUUCCAAGGUAAGUUCAGGAUACCAGAAUGGAUUCUGCAUGCCAGAGUGGGUACAGACACCAUAGAGGGUUCAGGAUACCUCAGUAGGCCCUGGAUACAGCUCUCUACAUGUGAAACUGUUAUUAUACUGGGUUUAGGUGUUACCAAUACCAUGUAAACACUAAACUACUAUGACGACUAUUUGAGUGAUACAUGGAAAUUCAAAAAAUUUAAUGGAAAUAACACCAAAAUGUUAAUGAAGUAAAAAAUUAUUUGCAUUGCGUAUAAAAUGUGAUGUUAUUACAUAUUACACAAUUGUUUUGAGUUACAAACUAGACAAAUAUCAGAGUAAAAAUACAAAUAUACGAGUAAAGUUGCUGGAUAUGAUUAUAAAUGCGGCUAUUAAAAAAUAAAAGAAAGAAAUAUGCGAAAAAAAUGAAGAAAUAAUACAUGAAAUUUGUAAUUCGUUCAUGUCCUAGGUUACAUAUUUAAAUAUAUCUUGUGUUAACAGUGCAACACAAAAAUUUACAUCUUAUCACACUUAAUAGAAUUGAUAGUACAGGGAUAUGUUCACCGAGAGGUGAACCCUAGCUGCUUCUCGAUGUAUAUACUGUAUACUUAGUUUACUUUGGCUCUGGACUAUGUCCUGAUCCAAAGUAAACUCUUGCUGGUUGGCCAGUAAACUAUUGCAUUAGUAACCCUCCAGAGGUUAAUUGGUCUUAAGCCCAGUAUCAAACCAAAUAAUUUUUUAUCAUAAAGACCAUAAAUAUACCCAAUACAUCCUCGACACGCAACCGAGGGACCCAGGUUCAGUCCCCAGGAAGAACAGAAACGGUUGGGUACGAUUUCUUUCACCUGAUGCCUCUGUUCACCUAGAAGUAAAACAGGAGUGUUGGAGUUAAGCAAUUGUUGUGGAUUGCAUCCUGGGGAAGGUCAGCAGUUGACCUGAGCCUAAGUACAAAUUUCCUGUCCCCCGUAAUGGGAAUUAUUAAUGUGGAUAUUUGAUGUGCCAUACAUUUUAAAUAAAGCUAAAUACAA